AAAUACUGUAAACAGAGAUUUAAAAAAAAAAAAUUCUCAUGUUUUUAGGAAUAAAAGUAGGAUAUAAAUGAUACAUGAACAACCCACAGGGGGGAAAAACAAUAUAGAUACUUCAGGGAAAUAGGGGGAAAUAAGUUAACCAAUAACCAUACCAUAAACAGUUGAUUACUUACAUUAAGACACUUAUUUUUUUUAUUAUUACAAGUUUUCUGGAAUCUUAUGUUUAAAUAUGCUAAUGAGGCACAAAUUAUGCUGACAUUUGGUGAAUUGGGUGAAAUCUACAGACGCAAAGUUUAGUUAAAUAAAACUCUAAAUGUGUAUUUUAGAUGUGACAUGUUAUGGGAGCAAAAUAACUCAAAAUCUUUCAAUUGACAAGUGCAUCAAAAACAAUGUGUUGCUUCUGGUGUCUCGGAAAAAAGUUGGGAAAAUAUCGUUCUCCUAGUUGACAGGUUUUAUGGUAGUUUUAUCUUAGAAACGGAAGUCACCGUGACGACUUCCUUGGCAACAAAAAGAAGCUCUUUGGUGUAUCUAUGUAGCAUGUUUAGCGUUAGCAAAAUGCAUCAAUUGAAGAAGUUUUCUGAAUUGCUUAAUUUAUUUAAACGCCCUUUUAUUUUACUGUAAUAAUUCAUAAGUGUGAAGUUGUGACGAGUGACGUAGCGUUAGUGGAAACAAUUCCAGCUCAGCUAACGUUAAGUGUAAAGUUAACGUUAGCUUGAUAGCUAGCUAGCUAAGUUAACGUUAGACUUCGCACUGUUGAUACACAUAUUGUAUCUAUGUUGGACCGCACCAUGUCUCUUUGAGGAAAUGAAUUUUCGCCAGUGGUAUUGUUCAUUGCAGAUAUGCAUCGUCUUGUGUGGACGUUUGGCUCGCGCAGCCACAGAUGCAGGGCCCACUUCAAGCGUCACUCCCACUCCUGUUAUUGGGGACUCUUUCAGCUCAGCAACCCCUGCUCCGGGCGGCACAGCGGCCGUGGACGUCACCAGUGUCGGCACCAUUGAGGCGGUCACUCUGGCCUCCACUCUGGACUCCACCCCUGGGUCUGAAGCUCCCACUGUAGUCACUGAGGCGGCCCCUGCAACCACCGUCCAACCUCAGUUGACUUCAGAAGGUUGUCUCUGUGAUUUAACGCCUGAUUUCUGUGACAUUGGCUGCUGUUGCGACACAGUUGACUGUGGCAUUGCCAACUUGAGAACUGUCUUCACCGGAUGUCCUCAGAAAGCCAUAUCAGGAGUUUGCAUUGAGAAAUGGCUGAUGUUCAUGGCUAAUGUGGAUGCGUCUCUUGUCACUGUGACUGACUCCUUGUUUUGUGUCAGGCCUGAGGAUAAUGCAACCCAGCCCCUCCAAGCUCCACCGCAGUAUCCAGGUUUAGGGGACUCGUACCACUUCUCACCACCACCACCUACCAGCAGCAGCCAUAGCAGAGGCUUCUACAGGGUUGACGAUGUCAUCCAGACAUAUUUCUCCAGCUCGACCGUGUGGGGUCUCCUCCGUCAGCCAUCUCCAGGGGCUGCUGCUGCAUUCUGUAUCAACAGCAACCCUGCAAAGUUCUUGAGGUCUGAGUCUCUGUCUUGCACCCGCAUGUUGACUCCUCAGUCGUGCACCACGGAUCCAAAUUUCAACGCCCGUUCCUACUUCUCUGACCUGAGCCUGAUCAAGAUUCCAACAGUUGAGACGGCACAGGUGUCAGACCUUCUGAUCCCAGUUACUCCUCUGUCUGACUGGCCUGCACCAAGUGAACAGAACAACUCAUGUGUCAAUGUGGUGAAAAAUGUUGAGUUUGUCAUAGGAUACACAGGCAGAGGGGAACUCACACAUGUAACAGUGAACGUGGUCUUAGCUGAUGUGGAUCCAAAUCAGUCUCUGUUGCAGACACACUCUGUACAGUUUGAGCUGGCCACACCCAGCUCAACUUCAGGAGGUCCAAUCCCUGCUGUCGGAAUUAAAGUGGGAUCUCCUGUCAUUGGUCGCUUUGAUGGAGAAUUGAAGCCUCUGAACACACUGGGGGUGUCACAGAGUGGCGAGUGUUCCUCUGACCCCCGCAGACGAGCACCCAUCCUCUUCGCACACAACACCAUCACUGGCUGCACAUACAGCUCUCCGUCUAGCGACUGCUCAGAGCUGCGUUCCCACAUGUACGGAAUCCUGCAGGGUCUUGCUACUCCUGAGGUGAUCGCCAUGAACUCUGGUUCCCAACCGGACUGGACUAGAGUCAUAUCACAGGAAUGUCCUGUCAGCCUGCAGGAAACAUGUGAAUCAGGCUGCGUCCUCCCCAAGUCUCUCUCUAUCCGUGUACUGUGGGCCCGCCAGGGUCUCUUAGACCUUCCUCAGAACUACAUCCUGGGGGCCAAAUAUCUAUUCCAGUGUCAACAUUUCAAGUGUCCUACAUCUUCCCCUAUUUCUCUAACCACUGAGGUGACGUUUGUCGACAGUACAGUUUACCCAGAACCCCCCAGGGGCUCGCCUCAGCCUAACUGGAAGUUUCCGUUUAGUUUCUUCACAAGCGGCACUGCUGAGCUGGAUGGGCACAUCGUCAUUAACGGCAGUGUCACUGAGAAGAUCACAUGGGGUUUAAUGCUCACAGUACUGUUACUAACAGGAUUAGAGUUCUUCACUAGGUAGUUGCAUAACAUUGGAGGAAGUAGUUGUAUAUAAAAGAUGUUGAUAUGUUUACUAUGUAAUUUUAUUUUGUAAUGUUUUUUUUACAAUACAAAGAGGUAUCUUUCCCAAGUAAAACAAAUACCGCAAAUUUUUUCUUUUGUACAUUUUCAGGAAUAAAUACAUUUUUACAA